AUGGCUAGCUCCUACACAAAGAAUUGGAUAAAACGUCACCUGCUUUCCAUCAGAGCUAUGCAAAUCAACCUUCGCUUAGUCAGUGAAGAUGAAAUUAUUCAAUUCAAAGCUUCGAGUGAUUUGGUUCACGACAGUGGUCUCUCAUCGAAGGAACUUUGCUCAUCUGUGUAUUGUAUAUGUGGCUUGUGUCGUGGUACUCAGUGUAUGCGUCACACACCAGCUUCCGAAUCAAUAUUAUCAUCAUGGACGGUGGCUCUGGCGCUACUGCCUAUUUGGUGGGGUCACCGUACGAAUGAUCAUGUAUAUGUAGCGCUACAUCACUGGUCAGGUAUCCCUGGCAAGAUAUACAAUACGCGAUCAGUCAUGCACACAGAAAACGGAAGCCCGAAUCUUUUUUACUACACCCAAGAGCGUGGCAGCGUGGAUGUGGCGGCGAUGGCCGCUUACUUUGCUCACGCCGGACUGGUACAAGUUACUGCCGAGCUCCUCUAG